UUUGCUGUGUUUAUUUUAUCACUUUACUUUCUAAGUUACGAUUAAAAUUUAAGCAAAAAUCUUUAUUUAUUUGUAAUGAUUUCUUUUCAAAUUUGAACCAUGAAUCCGUACAAGGAAACAGAGGAGUCAUCUUUCGAUACACCUCAUUUGUCUUAUGAGGAUAUAGCUACAAAACUGCUAAAAGACAACUUCUUCCUGACUGCCUUAGAACUCCACACUGAGCUUGUAGAGAGCGGCAAGGAACUUCCUCAACUUAGAGAAUUCUUCUCGAAUCCUGGAAAUUUUGAACAGCAUGUUUCUAGAGCAUCUGAAUUAAAUUCUAUACACCGCACUCCAAGUCAAGCAACUUUAGACUCUUUGGACACAGCAAGAUAUUCAGAAGAUGGUGGAGGUGACCGUGGUGGUAGUGGGGGUGAUGUGGCUGUUCUAGAAUUUGAGCUGCGUAAGGCAAGGGAAACUAUUAAUUCCCUAAGGGCUAAUCUUACACAGUUUGCAGAUGGUUCAUCAACAUUAGAUAAAAGUUCCCAAAAAAUAUGUGACCAGAGAUCCUUAAAGCCACAUGAGAAGAGAGCACUCAAUUUCUUGAUUAAUGAAUAUCUACUUAUGCAAGAUUAUAAAUUAACUUCAAUUACAUUUUCUGAUGAGAAUCCUGAUCAGGAAUUCGAAGAUUGGGAUGAUGUAGGUUUGAAUAUGCCUCGACCCGCAGGAAUAGUCUCCCUAUUCCGAGGAGAGUCAGUAUUGAGUGUACCUAAAGUAGACUCAUCAACUGAAACAAAUUGGCAACAAAUAGAUGCUGGAUGCCAGACUGAACUUGAUGAAAGGAGUAUUUGUGUCAGUUGCCAGGACUCGAUUGAUCAUGAUAAUGAUUGGGCAGCUGAGCUUCUCAUUCAAGCUGAAGAGAUAGAAAUGCUGAAACAAAAGGCUAUGGCCUUAGAGAUGGAGAAGCAAAAUUUUCAAAAAUUGUAUGAUGCUGCUAUUGUCAGUUUGAAUUCUCUUGCAAGUCCUGCCAUCGAGAGCAAAGCCCUUGAUUUAAACACAAAAGAUGAAAAAAUGAUUGAAGCCGAACAGGCUAUUGAUACUACACCAAUAACUUGUACGGCUUCAGAAAAUCAUUACGGGAGUGGAAAUUCUACACAUAGUGCAACACCAGAACAGUUCGAAAUGAUUGAGAGUGAAAAGAAUAGUACUAUCACCAGAAAAGAAGGCUCUACACUAAGUUCCUUUGAACAUACUGUGUUGGGUGAAAAUUGUAACAGAGAUUCACCGUUGCGGCGCGGUAGUGUCACCACUUUAGAUGAAGCCCUUAGCAUAAAUGAUGGAGGCGAGUGGACACGUGUUCAAUAUGAAUACAACAGCAUCGAAACUAGUAGUAAGGAAAUGUGGAUCGACAGUGGUCUACCAAAUAGUCUAAAAGUAUCAAUCUUAAACUGGUGCUGUGAGACGCUGAACCUGAACGAAUCAUUCUCGAACGAUCUUUUAGUAGAACUAAUAAACAAUGAUAAACCAAUAACACUACCUGGGUUUCUAACGCUGGCUGCCGACACUAUGCCUAGGAUAAUCCCUCAUACUCUCGUGGCCCGACGUUUCGAAGCUGCGGCAUUACUAGCAGCGAGCGUGGCUCUGCUUCCGACCGGAGAUCCAAGACGCGCUCGCACCUUACACUCAUUACUUACACUCGUGAAGAAGCCGGAGCCGUCCGACACGAGAUCCAUAUGUGAAGCGGCAUGUUACAUAGUGAAAUGGGGAGGCAGCGGGGAGGUGUUGUCCUCCGUAGCUGAGUUACUGGCAUCGAGGUCGGCCGAGCGACGGAUCCUCGCCAGCCAGAUCUGCGUCGCCAUAGCUCCGUAUGUUCCGAUCGAGCUGUGCACGUCCCUACUGCUCAGUCUGGUGGUGCUGAUGUGCGAAUCGAACGAGAUCGAAAUCAGGAGUUUGGCCCUAAAAUCCGCGUGCCUAAUAUGUCCGGUUGCGGAACAUAAGUACGCGCAGCUCGAGAAUAUAAUGUUCGGUUUCCUGAAGGAUCCGAUCGAGAAGCACGUCAAAGAUACGGUCAGCAUUUUUGGUCCGAUACUGGCGAGAAGCGCUCUGAUGGCAGGAAAAUUCUGUACCGAUCUGUGUACACGUAUUAUGAGAAACGCUGCGAAAGAGAGCUCGGAUAAUGAAUGGAAAAACGCUGCCCUGUAUUUAGAUCUUAUGAAAUCUUUAGUAUUAGCGAAACUGGCAUACGUUAUAAACGUUCAAAUAAUCAAAGAUGCCGCCUCGUCUGACUGUGAUAUGGAGAAUAUAAUUUUACAAGAGGUACCUUUAGAGGAACAGGAGCAUUUCGUGGAUUUACAAUGCUUCGUAAGCGAUGUUGACGCUAAGACGCUGCUUGCUGCUGCGAACCGUCUGGUCAAAGAGAAACCGGACGUUAGAUGGCCGGAACUGAACUGGUUUAUUGAUUUCGUAAAACAAGUCCUAGACUUAGCGACAACUUCAAAAGUUUUGAGUCAUCAAACGAUGUAUGAAAAAUUCAUUUCAUUAUUUUCGAGUUAUGUGGAGAAUUUUGGUGUGAGCUUUACUACCCACAUCCUGAACCCGAUAUUCGUCGAUAUUAUAAUGGAUCUCGAGCAGAAAAUGGAGAAACUUCACACUGUAAAUGUCGAAAGCUCUGUGGUGGUCGGUAUUUAUUCAGUCACAGUGUUGCCAGCGAUUGGGAAUUAUUCACAACACGGAGAAUUUUUACAGAAAUGGGUAAUGUACUGUAGUCUUCGCAGUUUUCCGCCUAAGGUAUUAUCCAUUCCAAUGAAGUGGGUUUGUGAACAUCGACCUGACACACUUGAUUUUUAUUUACAACACCUCAGAGAAUUUGCCGCCAGCAGUUGCGAGAGCGCAAGCGGCAGUUCAGUCCGCGUCUACAUCUCCAACAUUAUCACAGAGUUGUUGAACACAACAGAAAUAAACGAGAAAUGUAUAGAACGACAAGUCCUGCCGGCUGUCGUAGCUCUCUUGCACGACGAUGAUGUGUCGGUCCGCGAAGUGGCCCUCACCUCAUGGGGCAGUAUGACUCGCACCUGUUUGAUCCGAGGGCUGGCGUGCGAAGCGCAGUGCUGGGCCGCGGCCGACGACCUGCUGUGCGGUACACACGUGCUCUCCACGAAGGAAGGGCUGCGAGCGGCCGAGGCCCUAACUCUAUUGGUGUUGCCCACUGCCGAUAGCCACGCCGUCUCAGAGAAAGCGGUGUCGCUACUGUGCGCCCUGUGCGAGCGCGGCCCCGCGUGCGCCGAGCGCGUGGCAGCCCUGACGCCGGGCCUGCAGCUGGCGGUGCACCACUGCGGGCGCCACCCGGCCAUACUGCCCGCAUUAAGAAAAUUGGAGGAGGAGGUGCAGUCGCCGGCGCUGUCGCAGCACCGGGCGGCCGUAGAGAGCCUGGUGCAGACGGCGGCCGGCGCGCCCGCCGAGCCCGCGCGCGACCCCCCGCGCCCCGCCAACCUGCUCGGCGCGCAGGAGGUCGGCAGGAGGGUCACGCAGAUGUUCCACCAAUCCAAGACCAACAUCAAUUUACAGAAUAUAUUUAAAAAGAAACCGUAGCUGACGUCACGUGAACGGGAGCUUAACACAUUCACUGCCAUGUAGGUCACCGGUGCCCUACGCGGCGCACUGAUGUAAUUACGUCGAUUUGUGUUACUAAGCGUGCCUGGAUUGCCUUCUUUUGUUUGAUAAUGUAUA